GCGUUCACACGCUCCCGGCACCUCGUCCCGCACGCUCCGGCCACCUCGUCCCGCACGCUCCCGGGCACCCGGCUCCGCACGCUCCGGCCACCUCGUCCCGCACCCUCCGAGCACCUCGUUCCGCACGUUCCCGGGCACCGCGUCCACACGCUCCCGGCACCUCGUCCCGCACGCUCCGGGCACCUCGUCCACCCACCAGCACAGCAAUCCGAACCGCCUCGAGGUCAUCGUCACCGCCAUGCCGAAGAAUAAAGGAAAAGGAGGUAAAAAUAGGCGCAGAGGUAAGAAUGAAAAUGAAUCUGAAAAAAGAGAACUGGUAUUCAAAGAAGAUGGACAGGAGUAUGCUCAAGUAAUCAAAAUGUUGGGGAAUGGACGGUUAGAAGCAAUGUGUUUUGAUGGGGUAAAGAGGUUGUGUCACAUCAGAGGGAAAUUGAGGAAGAAGGACAAUAAGGCUGAUGUAAUUUUAAAGUACAAUGCGGAUGAAGCUAGAAGUCUGAAAGCAUACGGCGAGCUUCCAGAGCACGCGAAGAUCAAUGAAACGGAUACAUUUGGUCCAGGAGAUGAUGAUGAGAUCCAGUUUGAUGACAUUGGAGAUGAUGAUGAAGAUAUUGAUGAUAUCUAAGUAGAACUCAACAUUUUACAUUCCAGUUUUUCUGAAGGUUGUCCCACAGUUUGGAUUUUGGCCACGACCCUUAAAAGAGGAUUCGAAUUUCAUUAGCAUGAUUGCAAUUUGUCAAGGCAGACUGAUUUAUUAUUUUUAAGGUGUUUGUUGUUUUGAAAACUGCGUAAUGCUCAAUAAUCUUAAGUGGUAUGUUAAGCCCACCUUGUUCUUUGAAUAUAAUGGAGAAAGAGAGAGAGUUGAAUUUGAGAGUAAAAGCCAGAUUUGAAUAAGCAAGUGGGAAGAGAAGCCUCUGGUCACCUCGGUAUUGCCAAGGCCAGGACCACGCCUCAGUCCCUCACAGCUUUGUGUCAAGCAGCAGUUGUGAAAAUGUGCUCACAGGGGCUGGAAGCCUUCUCACAGCAGCAGCUGAGGAGAAAGCUCAACUCCAGGCCUCCUGACAUUCUGCCCGAACUUCCCCAGCAUGUGUGCACACUGCUACACCUGCAGUUGCUUCAUCAAAGCACCAAAAGGCGUCAGCCUGAUCUCUGUCCGUUGAACUGGCCAGGCAUAAAGAGGCCUGCUGCACAGGUUCUCGCCAUGUGAAGCCAUUACCAGACACCAUUCUUUGGAUCU